AUGAACAAAAUAGUCAAUAAGCUAUUGAAACGGCAGCUUAACAAAGCCAAAGGAGCCUGGCCGGAGAAGCUUCCAAAGGCAUUAUGGGCCAUCCGGACAUCCUACCGAACGGCAACCAGUGAAACACGGUUCUCCAUGGCCUUUGGCUCGAAAGCGGUAGUCCCAGUGAAGAACGUCGAGCGCAAGCCAACCUUCGAAAUGAAGCUUACAAGCAGCACGUCUCUCAGUACUAUGACUCCAGGGUCAGAUCCUGCUCGUUCCGAGUCGGAGAUUAGGUCAUGCGAAAAGUCUCUUUGGCAACUAAGGAUCCCAGGGAAGGAACCCUAG